GGAGUUUCCCCGACAGCUGGAGGCUGCGUGGGAUCCGGCGGCGGCUCCGGAGCCCGGCGGCGCGGCCUUCCCCACCCCCUCCCUCCCUCCUCCCCCGCCCGCUUCCGCCCGGCUUAUUAUCCUCCUUAUUGACAAACAGAGCGGUUGCGGCGGCGACUCUCGGCGUGCGUUUGUAGCCAAGUCAUGGGAGACAAGAAGAGCCCCACCAGGCCGAAGCGGCAGCCGAAGCCGUCCUCGGAUGAGGGUUACUGGGACUGUAGCGUCUGCACCUUCCGGAACAGCGCCGAGGCCUUCAAGUGCAUGAUGUGCGAUGUGCGGAAGGGCACCUCCACCCGGAAACCUCGACCUGUCUCCCAGUUGGUUGCACAGCAGGUUCCUCAGCAGUUUGUACCCCCUACACAGUCAAAGAAAGAGAAAAAAGAUAAAGUAGAAAAAGAAAAAAGUGAAAAGGAAACAACUAGCAAAAAGAACAGUCAUAAGAAAACCAGGCCAAGAUUGAAAAAUGUGGAUCGGAGUAGCGCUCAACAUUUGGAAGUUACCGUGGGAGAUCUGACAGUCAUUAUUACAGACUUUAAGGAGAAAACGAAGUCACCGCCUGCAUCUAGUGCUGCCUCUGCAGAUCAACACAGUCAGAGUGGCUCCAGCUCUGAUAACACAGAAAGGGGAAUGUCCAGGUCAUCUUCACCCAGAGGAGAAGCCUCAUCACUGAAUGGAGAAUCUCAUUAAAGUCUAUUUUCUCCAGUUUCCGUCACUUCUCUCAUACCAUGCAAAUACACAGAUUAUGCCAAGAAGUACCACAUUUUCAUGACAAACAUAUUCAUGCACAAUCCAUGAUUUGCGUUUUAAUUAAAAUAGAAAUUUGUUAGAAUUCGUUAGGUUUUAAUUGCAAUCUGUGCCUACCAAACAUUUCCAGACUUAAUGUUUUGGUCUCCACAGUUAAAGCUGUCAUGAAAAUGUGGUUGAGUUAUUCAUUAUGCAGUGUUAUUGGUAAGUCUAUUUUCACUUUUAGUUUAGUGAAUUCUAACACAUAAUUCUUGAAUUCUCUACUAUUGGCAUGUAACGAAUUUAAAUUUUUAUAACAUAGUGCAAGCUGCCUAAAUAUGUAUUAUUUGAGAAUUGUGAAACAAAUAGUUAUAUGUAUACAAGUCAAAGAUCAACUUAAUCAACUAUUGCUGCAACAGAAUUUUCUUAAUGGUUAUCCUCUUAAAUACACCUGCUGGUACUUGGUGUGGUUAAAUAGGAAGAUUGUUAUUAAAUAAAGAAUUUGUAUGAACCAUUGCCAAUGUUUUUGACACAUUUUACUAAAUUAUUGUUUCUGAAUUAUGUUUUAGGUUUUAUCUGUUUUGGGGGGGUUUGCUUAUCUUUCAAAACAUUCAUUGUAAUGUUUACUAGCAGACUAGUAAACAAUAAAACAUUGAUUACGUAGCUUUAUAAUUCAGGUUUAGUGCUAUUGUCAUUGAACACUGGUAUUUUCUGUAUUGUAUAGAACAUUAAAAUUCAAGUAAUUAUAAGCAUUUGACGAAAACAGAAUAGAAAAACUGUAAUUUUAAGAGCUGCAAUUUUGGAAAAGCUUUAACUUAAUAAUAGUUUUAUCACUGUUUCCUUGCCCCAGACUUAUCCAGGGUCAUAGGCGUACGAAUCUAAUUAAUACACAAAUGGGAACUGUUGCACAGAACCAGGAAAUAACUAAUAUUUAAUCAGCUUAAUUGGCCUCUUUAUUAAAUAUAACAAUUCUUAUAAAAAUUAUAGCACCCUAUUUUCAGAGACACUUGCCAGUUUAUGCAUUUAUCAAUAUCCUAAAAUUAAAAAAAUAUUUACAGCCCCACUUACUAUUAUGUAAAUUUACCAAUAAAAUAUUUUUAUGACUACAGAUUUUGCAUUUUUGUUUGCAACUAACAAAAGUGUUUUAUGUUGUCUUUAAAGAUCCAACUUAGAAACCACACAGUACUUCUUAAAUUCUAGGGUCUCCUGCUUUCUCUUAGCCAUUUGUUUAAUACAUAUUUACCUGUAGGAGACUUUUGAACUAUAAAUGAACUUUAAAUCAUAAUGUGGAUA